CUCUAAUUCUUCAUAACCUUCAGCCGAAUGGCCGAAUUGACAAAUCGACUAGUGUAAAGGGUCUCCAACGCAAAGGGAACGUAGAGAAACCGUCCCUAAGUGUCAAGAAUCUAGAAAAAUGAUAAAUGAUAAUUGAAUCCCGGGACGUGAUCAGCAAACAAUCAAAAAUUAUUUCAAAUCCAACUUAAAAAAUGGAAAAUCAUGCAAGCAGUAUAUAAAAAUCCCAACAAAUUUGGGGAUUUUAGCGAUCAAAAAUAUGAAGGAAUUUUUUAUCAUGAAACAAUUCAUAAAUAAUUUAAAGAACCAUACAAAUUCAAAAGGAAAUUGUAAUUGGAAAUGUUAGAAAACAGUGAACGCACUUUCAAUAAUGCAACUGCAAUAGAUUGAUAAGUUGACUGCAGAAUAAAGAAUGUCAUUUUUUUAUAUUUUUCAGUUAUGCAAAUAUAUGAGUCAAGUUCUUCAUAAUGCAUAAGAAAACAAAGACAGUAUUUUAUUUAAUACUGAACAUAAUAUUUUCUAUCAUUAUUGUGUUAUUAAACAAAUGGAUUUAUCUUCAUAUUGGAUUUCCAAACAUAACUUUGUCUAUGAUCCAUUUUGCUGUAACUUUUCUCGGUUUGUUAAUAUGUGAGAAAUUCGAUGUGUUUUGUGUGAAAAGUGUAGCAGCCAAGGACAUGAUUUUAAUUGCCACAAGUUUCUGUGGAUUUGUGGUGCUGACAAAUUUGAGCUUGGCAUAUAAUACUAUUGGAACAUAUCAGGUAGCCAAGAUGCUGACUACGCCUUGUGUCAUCGUCAUCCAGAUGUGUUUCUAUGAAAAACAUUUUAGUGUGAUGGUCAAAUUAACCCUGAUACCGAUUGUUUUGGGCGUUAUCAUCAACUUUUAUUACGAUCUGCAGUUUAAUAUCAGGGGAACAAUUUAUGCGGGACUAGGAGUGAUCAUCACAUCACUUUAUCAAGUUUGGGUGAAUAGAAAGCAAAAGGAAUUUCAAAUGGAUCCCAUGCAACUAUUAUAUUACCAAGCUCCCAUUUCUGCUGUAAUGCUGUUUGUUAUAAUACCAAUUUUGGAACCCGUUGGUAACACUAUCACUCACCAUUGGACUAGUUUGGACAUUCUAAUGGUGCUUUUAUCAAGCAUUGUUGCUUUUUUCGUGAACCUCACAUCCUAUUGGAUCAUUGGGUAUACAUCACCAUUAACGUAUAAUAUGGUAGGACAUUGCAAAUUUUGUCUUUUAUUAUUGGGAGGAGCUAUGAUUUUUCACGAAUCGCUGGCUUUUAAUCAGGCGACUGGAAUUGCCUUGACAUUAGGAGGGAUCAUUUUAUACGCACAUGUGAAGAUGAAGGAUAAUCGAUCGACUGUAUCGGACUCCGGCCUGGAAGAGGGAAAACCACUCGUUCACAAAAUAUAAUACAAUUAAUUGCAAACCUCAAGUGCUCAUGAAUAAAUUUUUU